ACAGGACGAGGAGGCUGUGAGCUACAGUUUGUGCGCCGACCAGCUGUCCUCUAGCCAUGCCCCUUGGGACGUCACACCCCACGUGUUGGAUCAGCUGACCGCCUGGUGGCGCCUGCGUGUAGCUCAAUUCGGCCAGGUCCCUACCAUGACACCUUCUGUCUAUGAACACCUGGUGGCAAGAUUUUGCGGGCCAGCCACAACAGUGAGAGUGUGGUGUCCGGUGCCCCCGCGCCUGGGACCCCGAGAGUUAAGAACCGAGGGCGAAGGGGUGGCUGAGACGGGAGAGCGGGUGGCUCAGCUGACCUUGACACCAGGCCAGGUUGACCUCCUAACCCAGGCUCCUCCCCUCGUCUUCCUGACUGGUCCUCCUGGCACCGGCAAGACCGUGGUGCUGACACUGAUGGCGACGGAGUGGUUGCGGCAGGGUCACGUGGUGAAUGUGUUGGGGACUCACCUCCAGAGUCGGGCCACCACCUACCUCAUCGAGAGGCAGCUGCUGCACGUGCUGAACGCCACGCGGCCUGGCCACAGCCACAUGGUGCGGCGCCUUCAGUACGACUUCUUCAACAUGGACAAAGACGAGAAGAAGGAAGCCGUUGAUGACCUGUUGAAGGUGAUGCAAGACGGACAGCUGCACGUCAUUGCUGACGACAUCAAUGGCAUGGACAACUUCGAUGACUUCUGCCAGCAGCUGGUACCCCGGGUACCAAAGUUGCGACUGUGGGCCGCUGACACGCUGGCGGAAGUGACGCCACACGGCCUUGACCAGCUUCAGCUAACGGCGCCUCUGCGUUGCCCGCCGGUCGUCGUGAGAGAAAUACUUCUCAGCAGGUUCUUCGCCGACGGCAGCAUCGAAGCUUUCUCAGACUCGGGUACAGUGGCGCCGACUGAUGGCCCUUGCAUCAAACACUUGCAGCACCGCCAUCAGCCUGGACAUGCGCGAGGCAGACCGGAAGACUGCUGCACGUGCGGGCAGCUGGUGGCUGCGGUCCUGCAGGACCUGCACGUCGGGGGGAUGGGGUUAGACAUCAGCUCUAACGUCAACACCAACACCAACACCAGCAGCGAUGCCUACCACGCCACUGAUGUUCCGAGACGUGCUGAUCUUGUGCGAGAAUCCACGAGAAGAAAGGAGAAAAGCCGAGAGUGGGUGCCUGGAGGUGCCGGCUGUGACGUUGGCGAGGGUACUGAGGGAGAAGGGUGCAGCGGUUCAAGUGGUGGAGACCGAGGACGAGGCUGCCGUGCGGGAACUGGCGCUGGCCACUCGUGACGAGGUCGCUGUCGUCGCCUGGGAGACGGCGCACGGACUGGAGAGGCGGGUGGUGGUGGUGAUGGGGUUGGGGGAGGCAGGGAUACACAACUCCCGUCUGUACUGCGUGUCGCGCUGCACGGCACAACUCAUACUCAUCGACUUUGACCUCAACGACGAUGAAAAAGAAGAGACAACGAGACUUACACGGAGCCCUGUGAUGACGACGAGGUCGUCAGCGAGGAGGACGGUCAGUCAGAUGAGUGUUGUGAUGAAACAGCAGUGAGUCCACGGGAGGAUGACAGCUGAGUAACUGAGUCAAGUUGACCACAGACUGCAUUUUAAUGAGGUGUAGGACCUGGAGGUUGUGAAGGUAAUGACGAGAAUGUUGUGAAGGUAAUGACGAGGCUUUGUACCAAGAAUGUGCCGGACUCUAGCGAGGAUCUGUGAUUGGUGAGAUUGUGUUCGACCUCAGUGAAUAUUGUGCCUUUACAAUACAUCGUGGAUAAAUUGAGUGACAGAAAGCUGUGGUAGAUGCCAUCUCAGGUGUUGAGUAUCAGAGGAAUAAACAAUUGCGUGAGAACUCACUUUUUUGUGGAAAAAGCAGUUCUUUUGUAGACUCCAAGGUCGGCUCAUCCUCUUCCCUGGAACAACAAAGAUGAAGGGACUGAGGUAUGCUCGGGCUGUUAGGAGCCUCGACUAACCGAUGGUCCGGCCUCAGUGCGUAUGUACAACAUAGAGUGUGUACAUGAUGCAUGGUAUUUGUGAUGCAUACAGUAUGUACAAUAUGAAUGAUACACAUGGUGUGGUGGUAUUACAGUUUGCAUGUACAUAUAGUGUGCAAGGUUUUAUGGUAUAUAAAGUGUGUACGUCUUUACAGUUUGAUUAGUAUAAACAGGUUUUAUACAAUGUACAGUGUGUAUGAUACAUAUGAUGUGUGUACGGCUGUACAAUAUGUUUGAUCUAUAUGGUGUAAAUGGUAUUGUGUGGACAAUGUAAAUAGUAUCUAUUGUGUUUCUAUGUAUACAUAUGUAUAAUGUUUGUGCA